UCGGCUCCAGGGCGCUAGGGGGCGUUGUGUCUUCCUGCGUAGGUGCCUGAAUAAACCUCCGCUGGUGACGCGGGUCUUUCCUUCCGGCUCCGGUCCCAAACCAAGUGCAAAGAUGCUGAUGCCCAAGAAGAAUCGCAUUGCGAUCUAUGAGCUCCUCUUCAAGGAGGGCGUCAUGGUGGCCAAGAAAGACGUCCACCUGGCCAAGCACCCCGAGCUGACCGAGAAGAACGUCCCCAACCUCCAUGUGAUGAAGGCUAUGCUGUCCCUGAAGUCGUGCGGAUACGUCAAGGAGCAGUUCGCCUGGCGCCACUUCUACUGGUACCUCACCAACGAGGGCAUCCAGUACCUGAGAGACUUCCUCCACCUCCCCCCGGAGAUCGUGCCCGCAACUCUGCGUCGCCAGACUCGCCCAGACACCGCGAGGCCCAGGCCCAAGGGAAUGGAGGGAGAGAGGCCGGCACGCCUCAACCGUGGAGAGGCCGACAGAGACAACUACAGACGUUCUGCUGCCCCCCCUGGCGCUGACAAGAAGGCCGAGGCCGGAGCUGGAGCUGCAACAGAGUUCCAGUUCAGAGGUGGAUUCGGGCGUGGCCGAGGACAGCAGCAGCCUCCUCAGUAACCUGUUUUACUUUCUGUACAAUAAAACGUCAAAAACACAACAUAAUGGCUUCACUCGUUCU